AUGGACGCUGCCUCCCUGCUACAAAUGCUUCCACCGCAAGAAGAACAGCGCACGUUCCUCAAGCACCCGGCGAGUUCCUUGCCCACACAACCUGGCGAGCCGGACGAAUCGAGGGCAGCGCCUGGCAUCGCCCUGGCAUCGCGGAUCCGGCACGGAUCGCCUUUGCCCGCCAACGACCGUCCACAGCUUCACGUGCGACGCGAGAUUACGCCAUGGCAGGCAUUUGCAGCACCAUGUAAGAUUGUCGUGAAGAGCGAGUCCACGGGGUGGAGGUUUGCCUUUUCCGAAAAAGAAGAAACGGCAACUCCCGAUCUGGAAGCGGCCAGGCACAGUCGCAGGAAGAGAGAGGCAGAGGCAGAGGCAGAGAAAAAGGUGAGAUGGGUCGAGAAUUGCGCCCAUCGGCACGGAGCAGCUGCGUCACCAGGCGCCCAAAGGGUCGAUUCGGGCUCGUGGCAGUUCGAGUUCUUCGAGACCCGCUGUCCGCUCGAUCCGUCGAGCGAUCUGCGCCGCCCAGCGUGCGGAGGAGGAGCCGUGAGAGGGAGCUCACUCGACGGCCGACCUCCGCACGCUCCUUGUCGAUCCACCAUCACAGCCCGACGCUUCUUCGCCCAUCCAAGAAAAGAUCCGCCCGUCAUGAUUGCCAGGACCAUCUCCAGAUCCGCCAGACCGCUGGCCCGCUCCACCGCAGCAUCCUCGCUCGCCCGUCUUCCCGCGCGCCGACACGCCUCGAGCUCGCCGCUUCCUCUGCCACCCAAGUCGGAUGCUCCGUGGGCUAUUGCGUCCGUGCUCACCUUCGGCGGUCUCUUUGUCUACCUCACCGCACCUGGCGCCAAGGGCGAUGACCACCACGGCCACGGCGCAAAACACGACGCCGAGGAGGAGCACGACGACGAGGAGGAGGCAGAGUCCGAACCCAAGGAGCCCCAGGAGCUUCCCGACGGCAGCAUCGAGCAUCCCGAGGGCUUCGUCGAGGUAAAGAGGCCCGAGAUGCGCCACGACGCUCCCGAGGGCGACAAGCACCUCGACUCCAAGAAGAUCGCCGACGAGCACGCGUUCGAGAAGCAGGCCAAGGUCAAGCGCGAGCGCUCGCUGCCCGCCGACGACACCACCUUCAAGCACGGCGUCGCGGCUGCCAAGGACGGCAACCACGUCUCGGACCCGAAGUCGGUCGUUGCCGCCGCCAAGACUGCAAAGGAGGAGAAGGCCAAGGCCAAGGCUGACAACGCCGCCGCAUCGGACAAGGACGAGUCGUCGGAAGAAGACUCGGAGUGA